AUGUCGGGCGACGACGAGCAGCAGGAGCAAACUAUCGCCGAGGACCUGGUCGUGACCAAGUAUAAGAUGGGGGGCGACAUCGCCAACCGGGUACUUCGGACUUUGGUGGAAGCAUCCUGCUCAGGUGUGUCGGUGCUGAGCCUGUGUGAGAAAGGCGAUGCCAUGAUUAUGGAAGAAACAGGGAAAAUUUUCAAGAAAGAAAAAGAAAUGAAGAAAGGUAUUGCCUUUCCCACCAGUAUUUCAGUAAAUAACUGUGUAUGUCACUUCUCCCCUUUGAAGAGCGACCAGGACUAUAUUCUCAAGGAAGGUGACUUGGUAAAAAUUGACCUUGGGGUCCAUGUGGAUGGCUUCAUCGCUAAUGUGGCUCACACUUUUGUGGUUGGUGUAGCUCAGGGGACCCAAGUGACAGGGAGGAAGGCAGAUGUCAUUAAGGCAGCUCACCUCUGUGCAGAAGCUGCCCUUCGCCUGGUCAAACCUGGAAAUCAGAACACACAAGUGACCGAAGCCUGGAACAAAGUUGCCCAUUCAUUUAAUUGCACGCCAAUAGAAGGUAUGCUGUCACACCAGUUGAAGCAGCAUGUCAUCGAUGGAGAGAAGACGAUUAUCCAGAAUCCCACAGACCAGCAGAAGAAGGACCACGAGAAAGCUGAAUUUGAGGUCCAUGAAGUAUAUGCUGUGGAUGUUCUUGUCAGCUCAGGAGAGGGCAAGGCCAAGGAUGCAGGACAGAGAACCACCAUUUAUAAACGAGAUCCUUCUAAACAAUAUGGCCUGAAAAUGAAAACUUCACGUGCCUUCUUCAGCGAGGUGGAAAGGCGUUUUGAUGCCAUGCCGUUCACUUUAAGAGCGUUUGAAGAUGAGAAGAAGGCCCGGAUGGGCGUGGUGGAAUGCGCCAAACAUGAACUGCUGCAGCCAUUUAAUGUUCUCUAUGAGAAGGAGGGCGAAUUCGUUGCCCAGUUUAAAUUUACUGUUCUGCUCAUGCCCAAUGGCCCCAUGCGGAUAACCAGUGGUCCCUUUGAGCCUGACCUUUACAAGUCUGACAAGGAGGUCCAGGAUGCAGAGCUAAAGGCCCUCCUCCAGAGUUCUGCAAGUCGGAAAACCCAGAAAAAGAAAAAAAAGAAGGCCUCCAAGACUGCAGAGAAUGCCACCAGUGGGGAAACAUUAGAGAAUGAAGCUGGGGACUGA